AAGCUCGCACACAGCAUCCGCAUUUUCUCUGCGUAGAGAAACAAUCUCUGGUUCCCAAUGUCAUCGUUUGUAUUAAAGUAUCUAUAUUACAAAUAAAUCCGUGUGGUAUAUUUUAGUUGUUUUUUGUAACUGUGUCGCUUGUCUAUUGUUUUUGUAGCAGUCUUAUGUGUUUAUAUACGUAAUAUCAUUUUAAUAAAUAAAACCAGGUCACUUAAAUUAAUUUCGAAUUUGUGACGGUUCAUGAACUAAGAAACACAGCGAAACACAACUUGUGAAGUGCAGCAUUUCUGCAGCCAACGAGGAUUUUUAGUACCCUGUACUACUAGGAAGACAUCAUGGCCAACUAUAGGAUCAGAAAAUACGAGGACAAAGAUUGUGAAGUAGUGAGGGAUAUAUUUGCAGUGGGCAUAAGAGAGCACAUUCCAGCUGGAUUUGUGUACACCCUGAAGCAGCCUCGGUUACACCUAACCUUGAUGUGUGUGCUCUGUCUUCUGUUCCUGAGCUCCAGAUCAUUCAUGCUUUGCAUCCUGGCAGUCGUCUUACUGCUAGCAGGAUUGCGUCAGGCAUCUGACUAUAUAUAUAGCACAUACGUAGAGGCGACCUUGAAAGACGACCUGCUGGACAUCAACAAAACGUACAUGAAGAGCAAAGGCUCUUGCUUCUGGGUGGCGGAGAGUAAUGAUCAUGUGGUUGCUAUAGUUGCUGCUGUACCUUCCAAAGGAGAGCCAGGCGCCUUGGAGUUGAGGCGUAUGUCUGUGAGAAAGAACUACAGAGGUCUGGGCAUUGCCAAAGCGCUCUGCAGGACUGUUUUGGACUUUGCACGUGCAAAUGGCUACAAGGCUGUGGUGCUGGAGACGUCCCAAGUCCAGUAUGAUGCACAGAAGCUCUAUGAGAGCAUUGGUUAUAAAAAGAUUCGUCAAUUUGUUUUGCCGAUGCUAGUAGCCAAAAUUAUCAACUUCUCCAUACUAACAUAUAGAUAUGACUUUUUCCCCCAUAACUAAACAAUCAAUCAACAGAAAUUUGCUUUAAAAUGUCUCCAGCACAAUAGUGGUGGAUUUUGAUCCAGAAUGAUCAAACAUCUGGAUAUCAGUAUAUUGACUUUCAGUGUCUCAGUAAAUAACUACAUGUGAUCUGAAUGUGAUUGGUUCCCUGAACUCAUUCCUACUUUGCUGAUUAUUGUGGAGUGUGUAAUUAAAAGUGAAUGCAUUUAAAACCCAUGAACUUUCAUCCUAUAAGUUAUACAAUAAGCAUUAUUUUGGAUUACUGGGUAACAGAUUUGUAUUGUCAAUGAAAGUAGGCGUGUCCUCCAGUUAUAGAUUUUAUAUACCAAGCAUUUCUCACUUUAUUUUUUAAGGUAGAUAAUAAGCCACUUGAGUACUGCCUCCGUUCUGAAUUUGACUUCAACCGAAUCAGUGUGCUGUUUUGUGUAAGCCUUUGUGCGUAUCAAAAACUGUUUCCUUUGUAUCCUGUGUGCCUAAUUGAAGUCAGUGAGAGAGUUUAUACUUGUACUGUAAUUUAUGCCUUUAUUUAACUAGUAACAGUAAAACCACAGAUUGUAUUAAAAUCUAGCCUUCCUUGUUAGGGUGGUGUCACUGACACCAGUUUUGACAGUAACUGAUGUACAGUCAACUCUCAGUUAUUCGUGGGUGGAUUAUCCAGGUUGCGGAUUAACCGUGCUUGCAAAAAAUGAAGAAAAAACAGGCGUACAGUACGCAUUAUUUACACAUGCGCAGGUUCCAUUAUAAGGGCACUGACUUGUGACAGUGUGAUUGCAAACAUGUCGGCAAAAGUAAGCAUAAAUGCGUGGUUUUAACAAUAAAAUAAAAUUGAAAUAGUUGAGAAGCUGGAAAAAUGUGCAAUCGGUGAAUGGUUUGUGAUUUUAAAAAAGAAGCAGGAAAAGUUGAUUUCAUAUUCAAGUAGCUCUGAUUCUUCAAGCAGUUUGUCUGAGGAAAUCAAUGAAAAAAUCAAGGAAGAGGACUACUUUAAUACCUAGAAAAUAAGUACAAUAUACUGUAUAUAUUUUAUAGGUUUUGCAUUGUCCGUUUUUUGUUUGAUACAGGGCAUCCCUCCCUUCCAUUACCCCGGAUAAUCGAGAGGACUGUAUAGGUAAAUAAAUAUGCGGAAGAGCUUGUUUUGUAAGGCAAUCUAGUGAGAUGAAGGGUUUACCAAUGGGAAAGUCAAAGAUCUGCCCUGGUUUUACAGCUGUCCAAUCAUUAGUUAGCAGAGGCGGGACAUAAAUAUGUUAGGGUAGGGUGUAAGAAUAGCUGAAUUUCCCGCAAUAUUGCUUAUUAUAGAGACAGUUAUUGAGAAUUAUAUUGAUAACUUUGAAGUAAUAUUUCAAAUUGCUUUUUACAAAUUAAAAAAAAAUAAAUGUCAUAAGACAACGGAGACAUUGUAGUCGAUUUGGUUACAAAUUCAUUUUCAAGAACUUUCUCAGAAAAAAAUGGAGGUAUACACCACAAAUACCUGAACUGACACAGGAAGGGAAGGGAUAUAUUUGCCACUUCCAAAAUUUAAAUUAUGAAAGGUAUCCAUGGCUUUCCGGUAGCUGUCAAUUAAAAAAAGUAUACUGCUGGAGCUGUAUUUUGUUCAGUACAGAAAGGGCAGUAUGGAACAGCACUGGCUAUAGCAAUCAAAGAUGUCUGUCAAAGUCAGCACAAAAACAUGAGCAUUCCCAAAGUCACUUGCGAGCCACUGUAACACUCAAAACCUUUGGACAAAUCCGGAUUGAUGUUCAAGUCAACUGGAUGAGCAGAAGCACAGGGAUACAAUAAAUCACAAUGAGCAAGUAACAAAAAAUUGUGAGGUUCUUAAAUGCUUGAUUGAUUCUGUUAUUUACCUUGGCAAGCCAGAACUGGCAUUCAGAGGGCAUGAUGAAAGCACCAAUUCCUCAAAUAGAGGUAAUUAUGUGGAAUUACUUUCUCUGGUUUCUGACUGACAGCAUGUUAAUCAAUCACUUGUCAAUAGCCACAGUAUUCUCAGGUACCUGUAACAAGAUUCAGAACGGCUUAGUCACUUCGUGCCUCAGGUUUUGCUAGAUGCAGAAGUACAGGAAGGAAGCCAAGUACAAAGCUGUAAUGGUAGAUUAAACUGAUGUUGCAAAAGCUGCUCAGCUGUCUUGUGUUUUCAGGUAUGUGACUGACAGUGUCCCAAAAGAACAGUUGUUCUGUAAAAAUGUGUUACAUUUAAUAAAAUAAAAAUAAUAAUAAAAAUGAUUUUAAAAAGACCAAAUUCCCAUUUGGCUUUUUUUUUUUUUUUUUUAAGAUUCCAUUGAAUUUUUAGUAUUACUAUGCAGGACAGCCGCUAUAAGAUUGUUCCCUUUAUUAAAAAUGUGCAAGGAUUAAUCUAGUGAUGAAUCAACUAAUGCCCAUAAAUUAACCAAUCAAAAAUUGUAAUCGAUUGACAGCCCUAAUUAUACAAAUAUGUUUUAAAGUUAAAAAUAAAUAUUUUCAGAAUUUUAGAAGAAUAUGUAAACUUGAACCUGUAAAAAUCCUGUAAGCAGAACCGCUGUGGAAUCAAAAAAGUUUAAUUAAUAAAUAUUGAUUAACUGUUUACAAGUGUGUGUGGCUCUCUUUAACAACAAUCAAACUAUGAAAUUGUAAAAGUACAGUAGUAUUCUGUGUAUAUCACUGUACCUGUAAGGUUGGGGAAAAAAUGGAUACUGGUAAGACGUACCACACAACUUUUGCAUUAUAAGGCUAUUAUUGUCAAGUUAUACUGUUUGAAUUAUUAUAGACAAUUAUUUGCAGUCAUGUAGCCAGACUGUAUUUUGGAAGGUUGUAUGAACCAGUAUAAUGUGGUUUCAGGGAGGUGCAAGGGUGAUCUCACAGUUGUCUCAAAGAGGUGGUUAUUAAUAAUAAUAAUAGUAAUACAUAAUAUCUUUAUUUUUAUAUAGCACCUUUCAUAGUGGACCACCAUCAUAAAGCACUUUACAGCGGUAGGCUGUGAACUGUGCAUUAUAUGCAGAGUCACUUACAAUAGGACAUUGAUUUAACAUCUCAUCUGCAGGAUGGAGCACAAAGAGGUUAAGUGACUUGCUCAGGGUCACACAGUGAGUUAGUCAUUGGCAGUGGUGGAUUUGAACCAGUGACCUUCUGGUUGUAAGCCCUGGACUUUACCCACUGGACCACACUGCCAUUGCCAUUUUUUAAUCUCCAAUCAGUACAUUGUCUGCCAGCUCAGACAUACCAUCUCUGUCACCUUGGUAGCUCAGAAAACUGUAUCUACACUGACGCCAGCUCAGAAACGAACUUUCUGAUUCAAUGAGGGCACAGACAUACCAUCUCUAUCACCUUGGUAGCUCAGACAACAUCUUGAGGCCAGGGUGGGACUCAAAUACCACCUGACGAGACCUGUAGGUUUACCUGCAGCUUUGUUGCUCAAGAUUCGACCUGCUGAGACCUGUAACUGCGCUUACACUAUUGCUGUGAUUGUGUCCUGUACUGUCUUUGGAUUUGCUUUGUUCCUGAAUAAAACUUUUGAUUGAAGAUUACCUGAAUAAGACUGACUUACUAUUUUU